CAUAGAGAAACCCGAAGUAGAGAUAGCCUGGGCAUGGCCAGGCUUUGUCAUAAGCUAGAUAGUCUGCAUACAGUAUGAUUUCGAAAAGAGAAACCAUCAGAUGAGUGCUCAGAAGAGAGCGCUGAUGCACUCUGCGGUAGCUCAUGUGGGUAAAGGUCAUGGCGCUAGGCAGCAGACACCCCCCUUGAACCCUCCAACAAAGGACAGCUAGCAGUGUGAGCCUCCUUCUUGCGAACCCUGGGACAAGAACAUCGGAACAAGGCAUCUAGUUACCAUCCUCCGACAAACCGACGGCACCAAAGCUGAGCUUCCACAACUUCUCCUCGGCCGUCUUAUCAAAGGCAUGAGGAGCAUAUCCAGGUCCAGCAAAGUGCUCAUCUGCGGUAGCGGCGCUUGAGACACCAGCAUCGGCGAGGUACACACCACCUUGCUUGUUGAAGUGAGGAUCGAGCGCCGCCCAGACAGUGGUCGCUGCGCCCUGCGCAAGAGGUCUCGCGAAAGGUGCCAUGGGAGCGAAUCCAGCAAUCUCUUCCUGCGACAUGUGGCGGCCGAGUGAUGUCUCGAAGAUCAUGCCUGGGUGCACGGAAACAGCACGAAUUCCGGAUGCGCUGUAGUGACGAUCGAUGGAGUUCGCCAAGUGGAUAGUGGCGGUCUUGCUUUGGGCGUAAGCGACCAUGGGGUUGUAGCCUUGCCUUUUCAAGUCGAGGUCAUCGAAGAAGACGCCUCCGGCCUUGUGACCUGCACUGGAGAGUGUGAUGACACGGCUGGGAGACUGUGGAGUAGCGGCGGCAAGUAAGGUGGACUUGAUCAAGUGGAAGAGCAAGAAGUGGCCAAAGUAGUUGGUGCCAAGCUGAGUCUCGAAGCCAUCGACGGUGCGGCCCUCGGGGACUGCCAUAAUACCAGCAUUCAGCACGAGGAUAUCAAGGCGUUUCUCCUGAUCGAGGAACUCCUUGGCUGCUUUCCUGACGCUCUCGAGGUUGUCCAACUCCAAGCCGAUCAAGACGGGCUUUUGGCCGCUGGGGUUGCUUGCGACGAGUGCAUCCGCCACUGCCUGGCCUUUGGCGAGGUCACGACCUGUGAGGUAGAGCUUUGCGCCGGUGGUGUGAAGAACGCGAGCGGUUUCUUGACCGAGACCGGCCGAUGCUCCAGUGAUGAAGAUGACCUUGUCUUGCAGCUUGCCCUCGAGGCCAAGAUCUUUCACAAUGUCUGCGGCCGUUGGACCAGAUGCAGGCCCAUCGACGUAUCUUUCGGCGUACGGCUGGUAGGGAGCGCUGGAAUGAGGCAUGGUUUGGUGGCGGCAAUGGCAAUGGCUGAUGUUGUGAUGGCCGCCAGGAGACUAUUUGAGGAUGGAGGAACAGAGGCUGAUGAGACACCGCCAGGACAAUAUCAUGGGACAGCAAGCGCUUUUCUUAUACAUCAUAUCAUCAAUCCUCAAGCAGGUUGUACCCCGCCGCUUUACGAGAGGGGCAUCUAUACUGACGUGAAACACUAUAGUGAAGUUGCUUUCAACUUGACUACAUGUCAGCCAUCGGCGCUAACGCGGCGACGAGCAGGGCUGUUUGCGUACGAGGCUACGAGCGGCCAACGGGUAAACGAGGGUGGCCCGUUCCAGCCAGUGCCGAGCUGUGAUCUGCCAGAUGUAGGGACGCCACGAACGCCACGAACGCGCAAGGAGCUGAAUUCCUCCCGAGGCCGUGGGGCAAAGGAUCUCGAAUCAUUCAGCCUUACCGCUGCCCAAGCCUCAUGUGCGCCAUUGACUGCCCGCAUGAGCAAUGUUCUCGCGCUCCACGUAUGCCCGUAUGUACGCGAGGUGAUUUGGUGCGACGAACGAGCUGUGCCUUACCGGCGCAUCUGCCACAAGGCGCGUCCUCUAACCCUGCCUCCGCCUCCGUCUUCGUGGCACAACUUCGUGUCGCAGUUGCGCGCGGCUCUCGCCCAGAAUUCGACACGCCCAUGUCACGCUACUGUAUACUCGCCUUGGCUUGUCGUACAAGCCUAUCUUCUUCCCCGCGAUUUAUGCCUGAAGUUUGGAAUCUUCGACAUCUAUAGUUGCUGUAACAACCCGGAACGCAAGUGA